CUACGUCCCGGCACGGAAGUGUACGGCCGAACUCCUCCUGUCCUUGAUGGAGAAAAUGGGAGUCACGAAGCUGGCAGGCACACCCAGGGCUGAGAGGCUGGCACAGGUGGCAGGGACACUCGCUCAGGACAGUCACAAGGACACGAGGCAUUAUGGACAGGAGAUGGUGAAGAUGUUGCUUAGUAAUCAAAAAUUUAAAAAGCUUUUGGAACAAUCUCUUUCCACGCAUGACCUGGAAGAUAUCCUGAAGAGAAUUAAGAAGAAAGGGAUGGAAAACCAGAAGGCUGAACACCCACCUGUGCAGGAGCCGGUGAAGAAGAGGAAUGAAGGCUCCAAGGAGCCCCAGGCCACAUCACCUCCUAGCAAACGGGCAAAGUCUGCCACUGGUGGACGCCGCCUACACCGUGCAAGAGCCCAGGUCACAUUACCUGCAUCUGUGGAAGAAAGGGAGCUGCUCCAGAAGCUUUACCAUCUCCUGGAAGCCAAGGCGUUCCAGACACGGAUGGAAGGAGUGGCACUCCUCCUAGACCUGUCCAAAACCAGACCCCAGCUGAUCUCCACUAACAUUGUCCAAAUUUUUGAUUAUUUUGGCCUGAGAAUCUGUGACACACAUAAGAAAGUGAAGCAGAAGGCGCUGGAGGCGCUGGCAGAAAUCAUAGGACUCCUGCAGGAUGCCAUGAACCCAUUGAUGAUCCGUUUGGUUGAAGGCAUAACAAAGAACCUAAACUCAAAGGAUCCUGGGGUUCAUGCCGCAGCUAUGACGCCUCUGGACCAAUCUGUUGUGCAUUUAGAUGAAGUAUCACUGAUGAAAGAGCUCUGCCACCAAUGGAGACAACUGAGAGGCCAAGCUCUGCUGGAUGUCACGGAACGUAUCACAGGUACGGCCUCCCCUUCUAAGCCAAGAGGUCUCCGAGGGAGUAUUUACAGGGAAUGCCAGUGAACAGACAGUAGAGUAGCUCCUCCACAUCAGGAGGUGCUGAGCUCUCACUUGGGCCCUUCUCAAGUCCCAUAGUGGCCAGUGUCUUUAAUUGCAUUUAAACUCAAAUGAAGUCCCAUUUUUGAAUGGGUACCAUAACCCUUUUCCUGCUUAGCCAAAUUGGUUUUGGGUACUUUCAGGAGCUCUUUCAAUGUUGAUGACUGCUGGUGGAUUAACAGCAUAGAGGAAAUGAAGUUUCUUCCACCACAGAAUAGUAAAUGGCUACUACAUAACAGUUUGCCUGAUCAGGAAACAAGACUGGUCUCCUGAGCGUUUCAGGUUUUGAUCUUUCAGCCAAAUCUGCCAUGCAAGGAGCCUGUUGGUAGUCACUUUUUGUCUGUGUUUGAUAUAGUUCAGUUCAGAAAAUGAGCAGAGAGCAGAUUCCAGAGGCAAUGUGAGAAAACCCUCGUGUUUUGGAUAAAUUUCAGUCCCCUGUGUAGCUUUUUUCUGUCUCUAUGCCCCUAUUUCAGUGCACGUUGUAAGAAGAAAUGCUAUUAACAUUGGGAGGGAAAAUGUCAUUAAAAUGUGGAGAUGCUCAAGUGCCGGGGCAAAUGCAAAGGGCAAUGGGUCUGGGUAAUUCUCCAAGACACCCUGAGGUUUGAAACAGCUCUUUGUUGGAAGCCACAAAAGCAUUCUGCCAAAGACACCAGGCUAGUCUCUGGUGGUUCUCAUCCAGCUGUCAAGUAGCAGCCAUCUCUGGUGGGCUGGAGUUUUGAAGUGUGUUCUAAUACUGCCCUUUGCUGUGGGCCACGGAGCAAAGGGGAGAGCCAGAUUAGACUUUUGGCCCUUGACAUCAAAGUUACAAAAAUGGAAUCAUUGCUUUUAUUAGAAAUCUCUCAAUUGCCUCUCUAGGGUGCAUUUCCAAAUCUUCUAGGUGGGUUUAGACAACUUGUUAAUGGAAAUAGAAGGCUAUUUGACGUUUCAUUCAUUGUUCAUGCAGAAAGAAAUUGUGCAAUAAUUGAGUAAAGGUACAAAGUCUGCCACAGGUACAAGGCUCUGGUUGGAGAUAUUAGUCCCGAGGGGUUGGUGGUUGUGUUUCAAGGAUGAUCAGCGGCUUUGCCCAUUUCUGGGUUGUGGGGCUGUGUGUGCUGUUUCACUGAUCUUGGCCCGAGAGGCUUCCAAGAAGCAAGAGCAGAGGUAGAUCCCUGUUUGCAUGGAGGCUGGUGGGUAAGCAGCUGUGUCUCUCUCCCGGCAGUGCUUGUGG